UGCACAAGCCCCACCCGCCCCUUAAAAAACGCCUUACUCAACGGCAUCUCUCCUCCCUUUCCUCAAAUUCAAACACCACCGGCAAUUCGAUAAACAUGGCGCACCGCCCCAACCAACGCCGCAGUUCGGCCGCACCGGAACCGAACUCAUCUCCCCAUCCCUUAGAUAUCACCUUGAAAAAGUCUCCCAAACAAACCAUAACUACUCAUCCUACAACCCAAACCUCAGAUCCAUUAAUAGCUUCCGAGAAGCCAUUUUUCAUGUCCAAUCACUUCUCUAGAUUGAACCUCAAUCACAAAACCCGCGCACCCUCAAAACCCACCGACAUCCACCAUAAUAGAGACAUUCGUUUACAAGCCAAAGCUUUGACGGUCUCAGCUGAUGCCGAUUCCUCCAAGUUUUCGCUUAUCAAAGCGACCCACCGCCUAGCCCAUGAGAAGGCCAAAGAAUCUUUGAAAGAUACGUUCAGGAAAGCAUCGAAGGAUUUGGGUGGAAAGAACCAACAACAACAAAGAUCAGUGCUUGAUAGCAAGAAAUUAUCUUUGACAACAGUGAAGGAGAAACAGUUGAAGAUUCUACAUGAAGGGCACGAUGGUGAUGUCGAUAUGAAUAAGGCUUCAGCUUCAUUGAGCAGGAGAAGAUCCUUAAGCGACUCAAAAGUAGAGUUGAGUAGUGUUCUUGCAAAUUGUGGUGUCAUAAUUGUUUCAGUUGAUAUGCCACCGUUUAUGCAGAUCCAUGCGGUUGAUUGUGCCCGGAAGACUCAUGAUAGCCUUGAAAAGUUCACUUCUAAGGCCCUUGCACUCACUCUCAAGAAGGAGUUUGAUGGUGUGUAUGGACCGGCAUGGCAUUGUAUUGUGGGGACGAGUUUUGGGUCUUUUGUAACACAUUCAGUUGGUGGGUUUCUCUAUUUCUCAAUGGAUCAAAAGUUGUAUGUUCUCUUGUUUAAGACAAGUGUACAAUUUCAAAGCUAAAAAAGCAUAUCUAGUAUAGCAAAACUUUUGGAAUCAUAAAGCAGUGUUCCCCCCCUCAUUUGUAGCUUGUACAUUGCUUUUCCAUAAGAAGAA